AUGACAGCGACCAACCUUGUAUACCGCAUCAACGACCGCACGUCGCACCACAACCUGAAGCGCCAGUCGGAGCCGCUUCCAACCGUCCGCGACCAUGAAGUACUCGUGGAGAUUCGCGGCGUCACGCUCAACGCGCUCCCCUGUUCGGAUGGAGCUGGAGUGGUCGCCGCUGUCGGUGACGCUGUUGACGAUAUUCACAUUGGCGACCGUGUCAUUGUCAACAUCGCUCUCGACAAUUUGUACGGCCCGCUGAAGAACCAAGCGCACAUGCUCGGAGGCGGCGUUGAUGGCUAUCAUCAAGUCCCGCAAGAGUGCAAGCUAGACUACGUUCAAUUGGCGUCGCUCGACUGCACGGGCACUACCGUCUGGAACGCACUGUACGGCUACGUCUCGAUGAAGCCCGGCCAGACUGUUCUCUUCCAAGGUACUGGCGGUGUGUCUAUCACGGGCGUUCAGCUAGCUAAAGCUGCGGGGGCUGUGACGAUCGUCACUUCCUCAUCCGACGAAAAGCUGAAGUUUGUCAGGGAGAAAUUUGGCGUGGACCAUGUCAUCAACUAUCGCACGACGCCCAACUGGGCGGAAGAAGUGCGCCGCCUUACCCACGGAGAAGGAGCUGACUACGUCAUUGAGAUUGGCGGUGCCGGCACCAUCGAGCAGAGCAUCAAGGCUACAGCAUCUGGAGGGAUGAUCGCAGUAAUCGGCUACCUGGCCGGCAUCAAGCAGGAGGACAUGCCCAAUGUUCCACUUCUGGCCUUGAUCCAGGGAUGCGCGAUUCGGGGCGUGCAAGCUGGCAGCAAACAACUCACCAUCGAGUUGCUCCGGUUUGUUUCAAGGAAGAACGUCCAGCCGUACAUCCACAAGACUUUUGGAUUCGACCGAGACGAGGUUAUGGCUGCGUUCGACUAG